GUCGAGAGGUGCAACGAGCUCAUUGAACAAUAUCGAAGGCGAGAAAAUGGUAAAUCGAAUUUCAUCCUUGCCCUACGGCAAAUCCUCCCUGAGUCGAAUUCCGUCCGAGUUGGGGGAAGUCUCCCGGACGCCCUCGCUGUCUAUGUCAAUAUGCUCGAUUCCGUUGAUAGAGCGAAUGAGAAGGCAACCGAGCGAGGACUUGAGUUUAACCAAUUAUCCCAGCAUCGGGAAACAGAAGGGAGAGUUUCUGAACCUAGAGAGGAUGAGCAAGAGGUCGAGAAUAGGGUCAGAAGAGGACGGGACAGUUCCGAGUCUUCUGAUGAGGAUGAGCGAGUCUCCAAGCGCUCGAAAGGAAAGCUUGACACCACCAAAUUCCCGUGGCAUGAAAAACGAGUCAACACCAUUGCCUCUUUGGCACUGGAUAUCAAGCAAACCUUUGAGCAGCUCGAACAAUUCUCAGUUGAUCCCAAAGGAGUCAUGCGAGACAUCUUAUCCACACCUGGAUGUCCACCUUUCCCUCCCGAGCAAUGGCUCAACAUCGUCCAAUGGAAGGUUGUCGACUUGGGAAAGGUCCUUGAAGCAGCCCACUCAACGGACCUGGAGCCCAAGCAGACUCACAUCAUCGAUGAUAAAGUCGAGCUCUCAUUUUGGGCGAGCAAAUCGUCUGCUGGAAUUCAUUCGGCCUCAGACCAUAACAUCGCCUUCACAAAGUAUAUCAAUGUGCUUACCUUCGUCUUCCCUCAGAGAUGGGAAGAAUACACUAGUUGGAAUGCGCACAUGUCAGGGCUCUUCCACGCCUUUGUUAUCAUCACAUGCCGAUGCAUCCCCUUUGGCAAGUGA